GAGUACUAUAUUUUCUCGGAACAACAAAGACUCAAAUGCUUAGUUGUGACGUCAUGGGGUUGCCCGCAUGUGUGUAUUGAGUGCCGACAGGAAUACAUGUGUAUGUGGCAGGAAGUACACACUGGCUACAUCAAGAGCUGACAAAUUAACCCAACUUAAACUGUAACAAAGCUCAGCAUGUCGUGGCUUCCUGAGAGACAGCAGCGCUCAUGGCUUCAGCAACUGUGUGAAAGCAUUUUAAAGACAGGCCCUGUCCCUGAACACAUUGCAAUAAUCAUGGAUGGCAAUCGGAGAUUUGCUGUCAAAAAGAGCAUAGAUCGAGCAGAAGGACAUCUGCAAGGAUUUCAAAAACUUGCAGAGACUCUUGAUUGGUGCCUGAGACUUGGCUUACGUGAAGUGACAGUUUAUGCUUUCAGCAUUGAAAACUUCAAGCGAUCCAAAGAAGAAGUGGAAUGUUUGAUGGAACUUGCAAAACAAAAACUUGCACGUUUGUUACAGGAAAAGGAACUGAUUCAGAAGCAUGAGGUGUGCAUUCGUGUGCUUGGCAAGAUCGAAUUGUUAUCACCUGAGCUGCAACAGAUGAUUGCAGAUGCUGUUCUUUUCUCCAAAAACAACAAAAGAGCAACUCUUAAUGUCUGCUUUGCGUACACAGCACGUGAUGACAUCAGUAAUGCCAUGAAGGAGCUGGCACUAGGAGUCAAAGCAGGCGAGAUCCAAGAAAGUGACAUCACGGAUAGUCUUCUGGAAAAGUGUCUUUACUCAUCUCAUUGUCGACCUGUGGACUUGCUGAUUCGGACAUCUGGUGAAGUCAGAUUGAGUGAUUUUCAAUUGUGGGAGAGUGCAUAUAGCUGUUUGGCAUUUGUUAAUGUGCUGUGGCCAGAAUUCAGCAUAUGGCAUUUAUAUGCAGCCAUCUUACAUUACCAACGCAACUAUGCUCAGAUACAGAUUGCUCGACAGAACAGAGACAUAGAAAGAGAGAGACUCCAGAGAGAUUCAGAUUACAAUUGUGUGCUAAAGGAAAUUUCCCAUCAUAAUCCCGACUCUGCUACUGUUCAAGAGAGCGUGCAAAAGUAUGCUGCUGAUCGUGCUUCAAGGAUUGAUGCUUUUCUUCAAAGGCUGUAUGAGAAGAGGGGCAGUCUUCUAGAAAAACUGAUUCCUGGUAGCAUUCAGUGUCCAAUGAUUUCUUUGUUGUCUUGAGUAAAGCCUAUGUAUUUGGUUAUUUGAGAACUGUUAGAGAACAAAUGCAUUUUAUUAACUGCAUGCUUUGAGUGCCAUUGUGUGUGUGUGUGCAUGUUUAUGUCAGUCUAAUGCAGAUCAGGUGACUAUUGUUGCAUCCAGGAACAAGGUGCAUUGUUGGCAAAGGGUGGUGCUCUAAAUUUUGUAAUGAAGAAAGCUUAUGAGAAGCUGGACUACCUUUAGUACUUUCACAUUCCAUGUUCAAUUUCCAAGCUCACCCCACGCCAAAAAAAUUCACUGGCAACAGAAAAGUGCUUAAUUUUAUGGUAGGGUUAGAACUGCAUAAAUGAUUGCAGAAGAAUUUUAGUAUAAAUAAAAACAAGAACUUUAACUAAAAAAUGCCAUUUUUUCACUUUUUUGUUUUCAUCUUCACAGUUUUAUGCACUCUUCAAAUGUCUUCAUAACCAUGCAAACCAACUUUUUCAGCUCUAAAUUUUAUUUAAUUGCACAGAAGAGUACAGGCUAUUGCCAGUUUUCUAGAAAGA